AGCCUUUUGUGAUGGAGAAACGGCGGGAGAACUGGGCUUCAAAUUAGAAGCUAGUCAUCGGGAGAUAUUUAUAAACGUUUUCAAGUGUUAUGGUGCAAUAAGUUAUUGCGUGUUUUAAGACUUAAUAGUACGGGAGAGCUUCUGCAGUGUACGAGAGCAAUCUCUGCAAUUUUGAGUUAUUUUCAAAUUGUUUCCGGUUCAUUCUGUUCAGUUUCUAGAUACUUUGUUUCGGAUUUAUAUUCAUUUGUAUGCAUUUAUCGCUUGCGGAUUAAUUUGCGGUGCCAUUUUCCACUUUGUUUAUAUUCACGGUCACUAUGGGAGUUCGAGGCUUGCAAACAUUCCUCCGAACGAAAGUAAAGGAUGGAGUUGUACCUAUAGAAAUCGCUGACGAAGUUGAAAAAUACAAAAGAUCUCAUAAUGGCAAGAAACCUCUCAUAGUUAUUGACCUACUUACGCUACAAUCAUCCUUCCAUGAGAAUAACGAAGAACUCAUCCUUGGAGGCCGUUAUGAUAUUUACGCUAUAAACUUCCAGAGCACCAUGCGUAAACUCGAUUUAUUGGAUGUAGAAUUAGCGUUUUUCAUUGAUGGUACGUCCUCCGAAGACAAAAUCCCUAAACGUUUGGAACGUCGAAUACAGGAAUACAAUAGAGCUGCGCCAGCAUUGAGUGAAAUAUCCAGUUUUGGUUUUCCGACCGAAAGCACCUUAUCGAUGAUGAAUUUACGACUUCCAACGCCUUUUCUAACGUACAUUCCCAGUCUAGCAAGAGAGUUCGGUACUGUCCAUGUUUCGGUACUGAAUGACUGUGAUGUGGAAGCAGCCGAGUAUGCCACCAAAAACGACGCACUUGCUAUUUUGACCAACGAUACCGACUAUUUGAUUUUUGAAGGUCCUUGGCACUUCUGGUCUUCAACUGAUUUGAAUAUUAACACUUUGACUACAAACAAAUUCAAUCGCGAUGCUUUGCGUGCUCAUUUGAAUUUGAGAAGCGAGCAAAUGGCUAUUAUGGCAACUUUGGCAGGAAACGAUUUUGUGUCUUCUUCCAGUUUUCCGGAUUUUAAUGAAAUCGCAUGGUUAAUACAAAGUAAAAAUUUGUCCGUCAACGAUUACAAAACUAUAUCUGGGAUUCGGCCUGAUUUACCCAUUGAUAGCAUUAAAGCCAGUUUGAAAUCGUAUUCCUAUAGCGCUUUAAAUAAAGAGUAUCCAUCAGAUUUGCUUAAAGUUGCAUCACAAAGCAGUGGUAUCAUGAAUUACGCAAUGCUCGCUGAUAGAAAACUGAUAAUUUCUGCGCCUUACUUCGAUCUGGCUAAAUCCGAUAUGCAGCCUUUCUUCGACUUAAUACGCCCUUUAUUACGUCGAGUGAUGGGAAUUUUGCUUCGCCAUGAGCACGGGCCAGUGUCAAGGACUUUUUAUGGCAAGCUGCAUCCCAUGAAUUACGAAAAGAUUAUUCUGGAACCAGAAUAUCCACCAGACGAUGUGCCACCCCUCACUAUGCUUCUAGCAGAUAAUGAAGAGUUGGACUCAAAUUUAGACGAAACCCGUAUGAAAUUGGCUUGUUGGGCAAUUUCCCCCGUGCUAACCUUGGACACAUUUCGACAGUUGCCUCCUAAGAAGGUAGCAUUUGUAACAACACUAUUCUAUCUUGUUAAGAAAGGACAAAUUUCCAUCGACGAAGCGGACUGCUUAUUGCUAGCUUGUGGCAUGUGCAAGAAACAAUUCAGUGGCGACAAAUCCAUAAAAGAGCGUGAUGCAAGAAUUGCGUUUCUAUUUACUUACACCCUUGUGUACAUUCAAAAUUGCUACCAUGCUGUUGGUCUUAAAAAAUUUUGCUUACUUGUACCAUUUAAUGGAGUGGUUUUUCACUACUUCAGGAAAAAAUGGGACUUGCAGGACCGAAAAUACAAAGAUGAAGUCAUGAAACCGUUCAUCGACCUACGGAUUUAUGACAUGGAAAACUAGUUUCCAUUAUAUUUUUCUCACGAUUCAUAGCAUUGAUUAUGGCAAUCGAAAUAAAAUAAAAGCACCUUUUUUGCGUUAA